AUGGGCAACUGCCUUACUUGCUUCAAGGAGCCCAUGCAGACGGCCCUGGACGACCCAAUAACUCAUAAAAAUAAAGAAGAAAUGACUGAAGCCCAGCUGUAUCCAGCACCGAGUCAUGUACCAGCUCCCACUGCCCCUCCAGAGACGAUUCUAAGCAAUGGAAACCAUUUGUCUGCUCCACCAGAAGUGACAACUACAACAAUUAGCCGUCUUUAUCCGUCUAGUCGAAGAACAUAUUCUAAAUCCGCCCCCAUCAUGGGUACCUCAGAGAGUAAACCUUCCGAAACUAAACUUAUUAAUCUUUUUGAGCAGUACAAGGAUAACUGCGAAGAUUGCAUUCUGGCAGAAGGUAUCGAACAAUUCUGCCAAGAUCUACAGAUAUCUCCUGAUGAUUUCAAGAUUUUAGUACUAGCUUGGAAACUUAAUGCCGAACAGAUGUGCCGGUUCACUCGUUCAGAAUUCGUUAACGGACUGAAAUUUAUACGUGCCGAUUCAAUAAAAGCUAUUCAAACCCGAUUGCCCGAACUAGUUAGUGAAAUUGAACACAACUACGAAAUGUUUAAAGACUUAUACCGGUUUACUUUUCGUUUCGGACUAGACUCUUCUUCCGGCCAAAGGAUCUUGCCGACGGAUAUGGCCAUUAUCCUCUGGAAACUUGUAUUCACGAUACGGGAACCACCCAUUCUCAAUAGAUGGAUUAGCUUCCUGGAAACACAUCAGAUGAUCAGAGGCAUUCCGAAGGACACUUGGAAUAUGUUUUUAAAUUUUUCCGAUCAUGUCGGUAGUGAUUUGAGCUGCUAUGAUGACAAUGAGGCUUGGCCAAGUCUGUUCGACGAUUUCGUGGAGUACGAGAACGACCAGGCCAAUCAGAAUAUAUCGAAGGAUAUUGAAAAAGAGUCUGAAGGACUUAUUAUAACAAAAGAUUACUAG